GUAUAAAAUCACUACUCAGAAAAAACCAGAGAGAGAGAGAGAUGGCUUGCAGGCAGUUGUGGGCUUCAAGAGCUGCAUCGUACUUGAGAAUCUCUGUCUUUCACAGAAGCUUUUCUAAUGUUUUGAAAGAUCUGAAGUAUGCUGAUUCUCAUGAGUGGGUGAAAGUUGAUGGAAAUUCUGCAACUGUUGGCAUAACUGAUCAUGCCCAAGAUCAUUUGGGUGAUGUUGUGUACGUUGAAUUGCCAGAAGUGGGAGUGGCAUUAACACAAGGAGAUAGUUUUGGUGCAGUUGAAAGUGUGAAGGCAACUAGUGAUAUUUAUUCUCCUGUUUCAGGAAAAGUGGUUGAAAUCAAUGAAGAGCUUAGCAGCUCUCCUGCUUUGGUCAACUCAAGUCCUUUUGAAGAUGGAUGGAUAAUUAAAGUUGAAAUGAGUGACAGUGGGGAACUAAACAAAUUGAUGGAUUCAGAAAAGUACUCCAAAUUCUGUGAAGAAGAAGAUUCCAAGCAUUGAUGGACUUGCCAAGAUCUUUCAGCACUCUCCAUGGUGUAGAUUAUGUUUAGUUUGGGGAAGCUAAGAAUCGCUUGUUUUCUUUUCUCCUUUUGUCUAUGUACUAUUGUGUCUUGACUGGUCUCUUUAUAUUUUUCAUGAGCUUCUGAUUCAGUGGGAUGGUGGUUUUCACUCUUUGCAAUGGAAAUAUGAAAUUAAUAACGUGGGGAAUUUGAUAAUAAAA